AUGAACGGAAUUGAACAUUGCCGACAAUGUCAUAUGGACAAGGGAAUCAUUGUACAACAUUUAGAUGAACAGAAUUAUUUAUUAUAUCAUAGUUGUAGUAGCAAUAGAACAAUGCAACAACCUCAACAACCUCAACAACAAACAUUACAUUUAAAUAGUUUAUCAAUACAUAAUCAUAGUCUAAGUAAUUUAUUAGACAAUAAUCUAAAUAUAAUGUCUCACAAUAUACACGGUCAUAAUAUAUUUGAUCAUACAAAUACAACUACAACUCUAUUAACUGGGAUGAAUAUAAACAAGAAUAAUAAUGGUGGGAUGACACAUUCUUUAAAUCAAUUAAACCUUUGUUCUACUGAAACUAGAAAUAUUAAUAAUAAUCAUAAUAAUAAUAACAAUACUAAUAAUAAUAAUACUAAUAAUAAUAAUCAAUUACAAAUGCAACAACAAGAAAGACAAAGAUAUUUAGAUCAACAACAAGAGUUAUUUUUAACAGAUAGAUUUAAUAAUAUGGAUAUGGAGGAUGAUAAUUAUAUGCCAUAUAUAAGUUAA